UAAUCACUAAUCAAUUUGAAGGGAAAACUGUGAAGCUCCAAAAUUCAGUUUCCAUGCCUCCAGUACCCAUAAAUGUUGGGCAAAUUGACGAUGUCCAAGAGCUGAGAAAAACUAAGCCAAGGACAAUUCCUCAUAGAUUUGUACGAGACAUGACAGAAAGACCAACAACACAAACUACAACCCUUUCCCCACCAUAUAAUGACAUGCCUGUCAUUGAUUUCUCUAAGCUUACCAAAGGGAACAAAGAGCAAGUACUCACUGAAAUUUUCAAUCUUGCAACUGCUUGUGAGGAGUGGGGAUUUUUUCAGGUAAUUAAUCAUGAGGUUGACCUCAAUCUGCUGGAGGGCAUAGAGAAUCUGAGUAGAGAGUUUUUCAUGCUACCUUUGGAAGAGAAGAAGAAAUACCCUAUGGCUCCAGGCACAGUCCAAGGGUAUGGACAGGCUUUUGUUUUCUCAGAGGACCAGAAGCUGGAUUGGUGCAACAUGUUUGCUCUUGGAAUUGAACCUCAAUAUGUUAGGAAUCCAAAUCUAUGGCCAAAGACACCAGAAAGAUUCAGUGAAACAGUGGAAGUGUACUCAGAAGAAAUAAGGAAACUGUGCUAUGACCUGUUGAAAUGCAUAGCUUUAGGCCUUGGCUUGAAAGGUGAUGUGUUUGAGAAGAUGUUUGGUGUAGCAGUGCAAGCCAUAAGAAUGAAUUACUACCCAACAUGUUCCAGACCUGACCUUGUUUUGGGUCUGAGUCCACAUUCAGAUGGAAGUGCCCUCACUGUGCUUCAGCAAGCAAAGGGAGGCCCGGUGGGACUUCAAAUACUCAAGGACAAUACAUGGGUUCCUGUUCAGCCAAUUCCAAAUGCUCUUGUUAUCAACAUUGGAGACACAAUAGAAGUUCUUACAAAUGGAAAAUACAGGAGUGUGGAGCAUAGAGCUGUGGCUCAUGAGGAGAAAGAUAGACUCUCAAUUGUGACAUUUUUUGCUCCUAGCUAUGAAGUUGAGCUUGGUCCAAUGCCAGAAUUUGUGGAUGAAAACCACCCAUGCAAAUACAGAAGAUACAAUCAUGGAGAGUACAGUAAACACUAUGUAACAAACAAGUUACAAGGAAAAAAGACCCUGGACUUUGCCAAGAUCCCAACCAAAAACCUAAGCUAGGAAGGCCCCCUUAGUUCCGCAACUAGCUAGUAGUACUAUAAUUAGACUAUGUAUGUGUGUAUAUAAUUAUCGACCACAUAAAAGUAUCAAGAUCAAGCUUCUGUAUUCUUUUUAGUUAAAAAAUAGGCAGAAGAAUUAGUUGGCUGAUGUAGAAGAGUGUAAAUGUGGGUCAUAUACAGAUGACUCACUGAAAUUAUUCUAAAUAUGUAUAUGCUAUCUUU